GCAUCUUCCGCUGGGACAGCAUCCGACCGCUCCUGUCCGAACUAUUUUCUUGUUUACACUCUAGCAUCCUAGCAUACGUGUAUGCAUCAAAACCACCUCCGUGGGGUGGAAGUGACAUGCGCACGUUACUGCCUCCGAAAGGUCGUGGAUAUGGCGACCGAACACGGAGCAUUUAGCUUGAUGAACGAACAACUUGUGAAUGAAUCCACUAUCGUGCAAUGAGCUUGAGGUGGUCUUGUGGAACGAACCUAGCUGCCAGUAGGAAGCAGCGCGGCCGCGAGUUAACAGUGGAAAGUCUAGUGCCCACCACCAGCUCAGCAGAACUACGGCGGCAGAGAACAGCUGGCGAGUGCCCGGAUCGCGCGGGUGUUUGUCUACGGUGCAUUCACGUAGUAAACAACGUAUAGGCUGGAGAUUUCAACUGCAAAUACCGUAAACUGUAACAUUGUAAAGCUAGGGAACCUUCCCGCUGGAGAUAAGCCGAACAAUUAGCGUGAGACAGGUAGGAAAACAUCAUUCAUCAUUGGCGAACCAAUCGUACAGUAAGAUGACAAACCCGAUUGAGCCGCAGCAGACCGCCAUCGGAUUGGACGUUAUUCAGCGGAACGGCGCCAACGGUGGAGGUGAAAUAAAUCGAGCGUUCGAAUUAAGUGAUCCCGAAGGCGCCAAAGUGCCACGAAAGGGAAGACAUGACGCGUCCGGCGUAAACGGUCAAAGUGGUGGUGCAGGUGGAGCAGGAGUAGGUGGAGGUGGUCAUGGAAUAGAAUCAGAUCAUCCAACCUCCUAUCUUGAAACAAUCAUGCACAUUUUCAAAGGGAACGUCGGGCCGGGUCUGUACGCCAUGGGACAAGCUUUCAUGAAUGGCGGCAUUGUUGUGGCGCCAAUUUUGACUGUCCUGCUGGGGAUAACCUGUGUCCACAGUCAACACUUGCUGCUGAAGUGCGCAGCCAAGAUGAAAUCCAAACAGUCUAACGCCAACCAAUUGCCAGACUUUGCCGAGACGGUUGAGCUUUGCUUCGAGCAUGGGCCGGUGCGGAUGCGAGGGUGGUCCCGGGUGAUGCGCUUGGCAGUGAAUGUGUUCAUCUGUGUUACCCAACUCGGCUUCUGCACGGUGUAUUUUGGCUUCAUCAGUAACAACCUGAAACACAUUUAUGACUACUACGGGAUACAUCUGGACGUGCGAUUACACAUGCUCAUUAUUCUGGUACCAAUCCUGCUGCCUUCACUUAUCCGCAACCUCAAAUACCUUGCGUGGUGUAUGACCCUAGCGAACGCCUGCAUGAUCCUCGGAAUCUGCAUAACCGCGUACUACGCGGUUCAGGAGCUUCCACCGAUCGGGGAACGCCCGUAUUUCUCCAGUCUCCAUCAGCUCCCACUGUACUUCGGUACCGCCAUUUUCGCCUUCGAAGGAAUCGCUCUGGUGCUACCACUGCAGAACGCUAUGAAAACUCCGACCGACUUCGGGCGACCGCUGGGUGUGUUGAACGUUGGAAUGGCCAUCGUUACCUUCAUCUUCGCUUCGCUCGGUUUCCUUGGAUAUCUCAAAUGGGGUGACGAUGUACAGAGCAGUCUGACGCUGAAUCUUCCAAAGGGGGAGAUUCUGGCGCAAAGUGUGAAAGUGAUGGUUUCGCUGGGAAUACUGCUAGGUUACGCGUUGCAGUUCUUCGUGGCAAUUCAGAUCAUGCUGCCGUGGGUUCUCGCCAGGAUAAGCUACAGUGCGAAGCAUCCGAUUCGAGUAGAACUGCUGUUUCGGACUCUGAUAGUACUGAUUACAUUUGCCGUUGCAGAGAGCAUCCUAAACGUUGGCGCACUGAUUUCGCUCAUCGGGGCACUCUGCUCCACCGCACUUGCGCUCGUGUUCCCACCGGUGCUAGAACUGAUUCUGGGACUGGCUGAGAGCGAGUGUGAAUUUCCGCAGCAGCCCACCGACGGGAGCGCGGUCGGCGGGAGUAAAAUUGGAUUCGUUAUUUGGGUCAAAAAUCUACUCAUCUUGGUGCUAGCUUUGUUCAUUUUCCUCACCGGAACAGUGGAGAGUUUGAACGAGAUUCGACAUAUAGCUUGAUAAAAACAUAUAAAAUAACAAGAUAUGGAAAUAGA